AUGAUUCUUGUGUAUUAUGGCUGGUGGCAAUGGACACGAUUUAUUUCAAGUGCAGAUUUGACAGUAUUGACUAGUCCCAGAAAACAAUGCCUGGAUGAUGGUGUGGUUAACAACAGCACUGUGUUGCUGCCAUCUUAUGUGUCGUUGCCCAUGUACUUUGCCAUGACGCACAUUGUUAGAUGCACUGGGGAUGCUUGUUGCAGUGCUGUGGACACGAAUUGCACUAUACUGUGCUGCAUUAUGUUGCAUUGUUGUGCACCGGCACCAAAUGAUGCAACAGUGUGGUUGCACUUCGUAGAGGCAUACUGUGCUUUGCAAGUCAGGUGUACUGCUGUGCAUGCCAUCCAGGUCAGCACUGUGGAGUAUUGGCACUGCAUAUUGAGGGAGAUGGCAGAGGCAGGUCAAGGAGGAACUGAAGAGAAUCCGCCACGCCAGGAGGGCAAGGCCCAG